GUCUUCUUUUUGUUGUUGUUAUUGUAAACCUAGAUCAGUGUCGCUGACGCUUCUAAAUCGAAUUCAGAGUUGUGGUAGUGGUGGACCGUCUCCAUUAUCAUCAUGGUCAUAUAGUAGGGGAGCUUCUUCGAUUGCAAAUAAAUCCAUAAAGUGCCAGGCCGCCGGAGAAAGCUCUGAUACUACUACCACUACUAGUGUGUAUCAAGGUUUUUAUGGUCCUUGGACUGUCGAUUCCUCUGAUGUUCGUGAGGUGAUUUCAUACAGAUCAGGGCUAGUGACUGCUGCUGCAUCUUUUGUUAUUGCUGCUUCUACAGCUUUUCUUCCCGAUAACAUGUCAUUCGCUGAUUUAAUAAAGCAGAAUCUUGAUUUCUUUUAUGCCCUUGGAGCUGCUGGGUUAGGUCUAUCAUUGUUGUUGAUUCACAUCUAUGUCACUGAGAUUAAGCGCACUCUUCAAGCAUUGUGGGCACUUGGUGUUUUAGGAUCCUUGGCAACCUAUCUCACCCUUGCUCAACCCACUGGUCAUAACUUAAUACAAUAUGUUAUUGACAACCCAACCGCUGUCUGGUUUGUUGGUCCACUCUUUGCAUCCCUUACCGGACUUGUCUUCAAGGAAGGCCUCUGCUAUGGAAAGUUGGAAGCUGGUAUCCUGACUUUUGUCAUUCCCUCAGUUCUUCUUGGGCACCUGACUGGUUUGAUGGAUGAUGGAGUAAAAGUAACUCUACUGGGUAUGUGGAUGGCACUUUUCGUGAUUUUUGCAGGGAGGAAGUUCACUCAGCCUAUUAAGGACGAUAUUGGAGACAAGUCUGUUUUCAUGUUCAAUGCUCUGCCAGAGGAGCAAAAGAAGGCUUUAAUUGAGAAACUUGAGCAAUCAAAAGUUCAGUCGGAAUCUUAAUUAGGCAGAAAUGAGAAUGAUCUGUUGGUUCAUGUGGGAAAUUGUUAAACGCUUGGCUGAACAUUUUCAGGUACGGGUAAUGUUGUCUGGGAGAGUAGUUCUAAUAAGCUUUAGAGCGUGUAAAAAGAAACAUAGAAGAGAGACGUGCUUCUUUGUAUAUAUAAAUUUGUAUGUAUGUUUAUUUAUGGUAAAGAAAAAAGACACAAAACUUCUGUUUUGUUUAGAGGAUCA